AUGCCUGAGGCACCAAGGCUGCCCCUGCACGCCCGCGGGUCCUGGCAGAUUUCAUUGCCGAAGACGCUCUCCGUGACGCCAUCCUGCGUGGAUCGGCUCACGACUUUUGAAAUGGCUAACGAUGAUCAUGAACCAACUCUCAUAUCCGCGACUACCAACCUCCAUCGCCGCCAAGCAGUAGAGGAACGCCUUCCUGUUAUCUCUUCAGUGUUCCGUGUCCACUAUCUAUUUCGACCCACCAGGCCACGCAACCUCUGCCCCCCGGUGAUUGUGAGCGCGCUCGUGUCCGACCGGACACACCGUGCAGAGUUUGGCUUUGGGUCUGCCCAACCGCCUCGUCCAACCCAUGGGUUUCGAGGCACCCCUAUUCCACCGUGA